UCCGAUUGCAUUACCCAGACGGGUUCUGUGGCUCCGGGCUUCAGGAACACUUCCAAAACAAAAUGCACGGCUCGCUGUGGAUUGCUUAGUAUCCCAGCUCAGUUUUCCAAAAUCAAACAUAGCACUGGAGAAGCUGAAGCUGCGUUACUGUUAACAGCUGUGAGGGAUGGACGCCGACGCCGCCGCUCUCGCCUGUUUGGCAGAAAUUCGCCGCCAACCGCUUCACAUUAAAAAUACUGUGAAAAAUAUCUUUGUCACUCAACUGGGAGAACGAAGAGAUGAAAAUGAAAAUGUUAAUUAUAUUCCAAUAAUCAAAGAGCCUGCUGGAGAGAUCCUUGCCAAUGACUGCAGAACGCAUCAGAGCACCUUAGUGCUGAAGAAGGAGGUGGAAGUUGAUGAAGUUAAUGCUGAACUCGCAGCUAAACGGGAUGAGUUCCACCAACGUAUGGAAGCUGUUAGCCAGCAGAGGGCAGAAUUUGAAAGAAAAGAGCAGGCGAAUAAGGAAAGAGCCCUGAGGUUUGAUAAGUUUAUCAAGGAUAAUGAGAUUAAAAGAUGCCGUGCCAUUAAAAAGCACCAGAUGGAAGUGAAGGAGAAUGAGGUGAAACAAAGGGAGCUACAAGACCUGAUCCAACAAUUAGAAGAGAUUAAAGCCAGGCAACAGAAACUACAGAGAAAGGUGUCAAACUACAAGAUGUAUGAAGACUACCUCCUGAAUGUUAUUGACAAAUUACCAGAAAAUUACCUGGAGGAUAGUGCAGAAUCUCUGGUGAUGUGUGUCAUUGAAAAAUAUGAAACACUGCGAUCCACCAACGAGAUGUUGGUGAAUAAUCUGAGCAGGUUGUCCGAUGAGCUGGAACAGCAACAGCACAACUUUGAAACGUUGCGCCAAGAAUACGACACCUCGAAACUGAUGAUGACUAGCCAGCUUUCACAGCUCCAAAUGGAAUAUGAUGACAAAAAGGAGAAGAACAAACGGAUGGAACAGAUAUUAAAUCUGCACAGAGGCAACCUCAUCCACCAGAGUGAAGAGGUUGGCGCUCUCCUAUUGGCUAUUAACAAUCUGGCAGAUCAGUGCUAUGUCAAGCAUUACGGGACAUUGGAGGAAAUGUUGAUUCUGACAAAACUGAACAUGGUAAAGGAAUUCAUCUUGGAAAAGCAAAUGAUUACCCAAAUGGCAUCACACAUGGAUCCAACAACAACCAGUAGUACCUCAGAACAAAUUCAGAAUAAACCAGGAGUAACUAAUAAUGCAAAACAACAGACCAAUACAUCUCUCGCAAAUUCCACUAAAAUGGUAUCCCAACAAAAGAAUUUAAAAAGUCAAUACAUUCCAAAGAGAAUCUGAUAUUUACCCCUGAUCUACAAGGACUAUUAAUCUAUGAUAGCUAGUGGAUAGUGUCAUGAUAUUACAGUUUGGGGCAUUCCAGAGUCCAAUUCUGAGUACGUCUGUAAGGAGUUUGCACAUCCUCCCUUUGGAAUGCAUGGGUUUUCCCCAGGUGCUCUGGUUUCCUCCCAUCAUCCAAAGACGUACCGGGUAGGUUCACUGGUCAUUGUAGAUUGUCCUGUGAACUGAACUGGACUGAAAUAUGACUUUUGUGUUUUAUCUUCUGUGUUUUCGCUCUUUUAUUGUUGCUGUUUGCACGAUUUUUUUGCAUGGGGAGGGGGGCAGGUUUGAUGUUUUUCUCUGAACAGGUUGGUUCCAUGGUUCUUCUUGGUUUGUGACUAUCUGUGGGGAAGUUGAAUUUCUGGGCUGUAUACUACAUACAUACUUUGAUAAUCAAUGUACUUUGAAGCUUUGAUUAGGUUAGGGUUAACCAGCGUUGUGGGGUUGCUAGGCAGCAUGGCUCGAAAGGCCAGAAGGGCCGUCUCCAUGCGGUAUUGCUAAAUAAAUAAAUAAGUACCUGAUAAUGUUAAGGGAGAAGUAAUUGGCAAAGGGAAGGGGUGCAGUGCAGAUUCUUUACGUGAAUGUAUUCAGGCAUGACAAAAGCUGACUGGUACAAUAAACAGCUUUCUUGUUCACAAAAGGCAAAUAAAAAUCUUGCAGCAGAACUCCAGCUUUAAGAUUUUCAAUAAUAGUUCUUUGAAAACCACAGAGCUGAUAUUUGACAUGUUCAUGAGUGGAAAAUAAUGGUCAUGUAAUAUUUAAUUCUGUGUAUGUGUUACCUUAUUUGUAUCAAAGUUGUGUAUAUUUGAAAAAAACACAAUUGAAUAGCAAACGAUGAAUGAUGGAUCAUGAAAAUGAAUGGCAGCAUGAACAUCAAUUUCUCCUUCUGAUAAUUUUCCCCCUCCUCCUUCCCUCCUUUUUUUAUUCCUCAAUCUGACCUCUUAUUCUUUGCAUUUAAUAUUUCAGGAAUAUUUGAGUCAUCUUGUAUAUAUAAUUGUUGAUUAAGUAUUCACUUGCUUAAAUAAUUCAUUAUGAGUUACAAUGCCUAUGAAAAGUAUUUACCCCCUUUGGAAGUUUUCAUGUUUUAUUGUUUUCCAACACAGAAUCACAGUGGAUUUACUUUAUCUUUUGACACUGAUCAACAAAUAAGAACAGAAAACAGAAUGCCUAGAGUUGUAAUAGUGUGACACUAGCUGUUUUUUAAUCAAAAUAUACUUUAUUCAAAAAUAAAAUUAUGUACAAUAAAUCAUUCAAUGACUCUCAGUCCUUUACAAAUGUUUCCAUUGCAGUCUUUACAUUCCCACAGUUUUGCCACCCAGGUGGCACUCUGUUACUUCAUAUUUACAUACACUUGUUGUUAGACUUCCAUGGCGUCCUACGCCCUCUGGGUUGUAAGUUUUUUUUGUAAGAUGCUCUUCACUUUAGUGCCUCUAUCAAAUCUGAAUGGUGUCCCCACAUGGACUGAUACCAAACAUGAGGUAACACAACCACAUUUUACCGUGGUCAUUUUCUGUCACAUGGAGAUACACUGUUGUGUAUUUAAUAUUUCAGUUGUGUUUGAGUAAUCUUAUUAUUGGUCGAUUUAGUAUUCUUGUUCUUUAAAUAGUUAAUAGUUGAUUCUAUGUAAAAAUAUGUUAAUUGC